AUGGCGCUCGCGUUGAUUUAUGGAUGGCUCCAAGAGCUCGUGGCAAAUAUAACAAGACAUGUUGCUUGGUCGGGGCCUCCUCAGUCCCAAUCACCCUUGUUGGAGUUGCCAGCCGAGGUUGUCGUUCUGAUCGUCACAUUUCUCUCUCCACCCGAUAGACUCUCUGCAGCACUCGCGUGCAAGCCGCUGCACUUCAUAUACAAGGAAAUCUUACAUGAUCUCUAUAUGCCGGCAUCAAAGAAAGACCAUGAGAACUUCCUCCUCCGCCUGGAGCGAGAUCUCAUGGCGACGCACCUCUACUGCGGUGUUUGCACGGGAUUGCACAGGCUCUCUUCUCUCAACAAGCCGAACGAGCGUCCUCCUUCUAGUGGCGCUCCGACCUGUUUGGGGAUCGACUAUCAGAACUCACCAACAUUUUCGGAGAACCACUUUGCAUAUCAUCAUGGGCGAGCAGUCAUGAACCGUCAUUUCUAUGGGGCGCCGGCCGGCCUCGACCCCAAAGCUUUACGUUAUAAAACAUUGUUCAAUGAUAUAAAUGUGGUAUUGGGAUACCACGAAUGUGAUGGAAUCGACCGACGUACGGAGCAUGACGAGGAAACUAAACACUGGAUUCUACGAUAUCUGCCCACACACGACGACUUCGGUCAUGUCGAAUCGCCUGCUAUGCUCUACAAGAGUGGUGUCUACAAGAGCGGCCGGUUUAAGCGCGGACGAAAUCUCCAAGUUCUUGCGGGAGCCGGGGCGAGUGGUCCACGGGUCGUGCGCCAGGUGCCUGACAGACUACACGGUGGAGAUCUCACGGCACUCUCGGAGUCCUGGACCCGUGGUAUCUUACCGCGUGAAAAUAAAGACGUGGACCAACUUUGGCCAGUUCCGGAGUCCGCAGGACUGGAAGUGGAGGGCAUGGAGGCGGAAGGCUGGAGAAUACUACUCGGCCGCGCCCCGAAAUCUAAAGGUUUACCCCCCGGGAAGUGUAUUUCAGCGAUACCAUGCAGCUAA